AUGUCGCAGACUAAAGAUGUGGAAUAUACCGUAACAGAGCCACCUUCCAUCGAUGUCGUGUUAGAGAAGUCACAAAAAAGCCUAAGCGAAAACCUAUCACAGAAUGAGAGCGACCCUGAUUCUGAUCCCUGCACUGAUCCUACCGUGGAUCGUAUGAGUAAUAUGUCGCAACAGCUUUCCAGAACAGCUGUCAGCGUACGGGAGAUGUACAAGAGUCUGUAUCGAGCUCGCGUCCAUUCCAACACAGAGAGCAUCUUGAUUAUAACCAAAGCGCGUGAUAACCACCUUGUUUUAUGCACGCGGGAGCUUAGUCUUUGGCUCAUGACACGCCCUCGUCCAGGACGGAAACGAGGACUGAUCGUGUACGUGGAUGAGCAAUUAAAGACCUCUAAACGUUUCAAUGUGGCAGGCAUGAAGGAAGAACACCCUCACCUGUUUGAGCCCACGAGCAAGGAUACUGCCAAAAAUAAUACAAACCAAUGUCUGGCGAGUGAUGAGGGGCAGUUGCGUUUUUGGAAUAGUGACCUAUGCACCAAAUCUCCAUCGCUUUUUGACUUUGUUAUCACCUUGGGCGGCGACGGUACUGUCCUUUUCGCCUCUUGGCUCUUCCAGACGAAUGUUCCUCCUGUUAUUCCCUUCUCCCUGGGCUCCCUGGGCUUUCUCACUCCCUUUAAAUUUGAAGACUACAAGACAACGCUCUCCCAUAUCCUUGACCAAGGCACACGUCUCAAUAUGCGCAUGCGUUUCCGUGCUACAGUUUAUCGUGCUAUCGAUAAAAUUGACCCUGCGAUCGCUCGUCGCCGCAGAAAAUUGAUCGAAUCAUCUACCGAAGACGUGGUUAUCCGUAAUAUUAAAAACCGUGGCUGGUGCUCAAUUGAAAUGGAGUCGGGGGCUGAUGCCAAUGACACACAAAUCCCUGUUGACAACGAGACGGACUAUUUCCGUACUCGUCCUGUUGAAUCGAUCGAAUUUUUGAAUGACCUCGUUGUCGAUCGAGGACCAAGUCCAUAUGUUACUAUGCUGGAAGUAUUUGCCGACGAUAUUCAUCUGACCACAGCACAAGCUGAUGGUCUUUGUAUUUCCACACCUACCGGCUCGACAGCCUAUUCCCUUUCUGCAGGUGGUUCUCUGGUCCAUCCAAACAUCCCUGCCAUACUCAUGACGCCUAUUUGUGCCCAUACACUGUCAUUCCGCCCUAUGCUUAUCCCAGAUACUAUGGAAAUGCGCAUUGCUGUUCCCUACGGCUCGCGUGGUAAUGCCUGGGCUAGCUUCGACGGACGAGGUCGUAUUGAAAUUAAACGUGGUGAUCAUGUGCUUAUUACGGCCUCGCCUUAUCCCUUCAUUACGGUGAGCCCUGAGGAUAUUAAGAGCCCAUGGUUUGAUUCUGUUUCGCGCACACUCAACUGGAACCAGCGUAAGCAUCAAAUGAGUUUCAGACCUGCAAAAGGGAAAGACAAAAAGCACAAAGUUCUAUCCAAAGGAGGGGGAGAACAUUAUGGUACCUCUACCAACGAUUCUGAUAAUUUACAGCAUCCCACAGAGAACACAGAGGGCAACGCACCCGAAGAGGACGACGACGACGAUACUCAUGAUGAGGAAGAAGAGGAUUUUGACAUUGACGAUGGCACCCCAUCAGGUGCUCAGUCGCGUACUUCUUUGUGGGGUGGAACGCCAGCUGAAAGUCGCAAGGCGUCAUUAUCGUCUUGUGAUUUUUCUUCGUUUCCCACGAUGACCCCUUUGAACUCUCUUUCGCAUUAUAAGGGUAAAUCAAGUCUCCCAUCUUCUGGAUUGAUUAGCCCAGAUCGCUACGGGCCGUCAGGGCCACCCCCACCCCCAGCUCCUUUGAGCGAUCGUCACCUGGCUGCCGUAGACUUUCGAUUACAGUCUCGCUUAAACGACGAGGCUGCGCGAUCCCAGGAUUGA